AUGUUGCGAGGAUAUUCACUUGCAAAUGAUUUAAAAUCCUUGGUGAAUAAUCAAAUGUUUAGUGAUUUAACAAUACAAUGUGGCACCAAAAGUUACAACCAUAAUAAUGAUUCCACUAUUAAAGACGAUGACGACGAUGACAACAACGACAAUAGCAGUAACUUUUCUUCCUCUGGGAUUAGUAAUACUAAUAACAACAAUAAUGCGAAUGAUUCAGAGCCUUUGUACGCACAAAGAGCAAUUCUUGGAGCACGUUCCGAAUAUUUCUACAAUCUUCUCUACAAUGGGAUGAAAGAAACAUCUAGUAACGAAUUAAAGUUUCCGACAAUUACCACAUCAGCAAUGAAAAUAACCCUGGAAUACAUAUACACCAGCGAGAAUGUGCAGUCAACAUUGGAAUCACUAAAGAAGAGUGAAAUUGUUGAUGCUUUUCACGCCGCGAAUUACUUUCUGCUUGGUGAUUUGGAAACAAGAAUCGUCACGGUGGCCGAGGAAUUGAUCAAAAAUGAUGAUUUUGACGAAUUGGUGGCGUUAUUGGAACGCGCAAUUGAUAAAUUAUCACUAGUUGAUAAUAAUUUGUAUAAACUGUUGUGUAGUUAUAUUGGCGCAACUCCAUUGAAUAGCGCAAACAUAGAGUAUAGUAAAUUUUCGAGUACUAGUUUACAAGUUUUGUUGGCCCAAACGCAAAAAACCUUAAGAUAUUUUGCAACUUCGGAAUAUCGUGUUUUCCGUUAUGUUGUUGAAUGGGCGGCUAAUCAAAUAUCAGAAGAUGCUCUUGAGACAGUUAAAUCUCACUUCCAAGAAGCCGAACUAUCAUUCUACAAUACAAACCAACAAUGGCGUGCAAGAAAUUCGAAUAUGGACGAUAUUCAGCAACAACUACUCGAAAUUCUGAACCCAUUUUUACCCUUCAUCAAUUUAAACCUUUUCGAUCCAAUGGUUAUUGCUAAAGUAAUUCACCCGAUGCGAAUUAUCCCCGACACAGUACUAGCCGACGCCUAUCAAUAUCACUUAUUAGCAUUAAUCCCAUUCAAUCCUACACGUGGACUCUCACCACUAGAUAAUCUUCGAUGGGACCCAUCAGAAUUUUUAAUCGAUAGUCAAACGGCUGAAGCGCCAAAAGAUGCGACAUGUCGCGCCAUCACAUCAAGUAAUUGUUUUUUGGACCGUGGUAUUUACGAGUGGAAUAUCGUAGUCGAGAAAAUGGUUAGGGGACGAAUUGGGAUCGCGUCCAUGCCAUCUAGAAAUAGUACUCAAUCGUUGGGCGAUUCGAAUUCGCUUCCAAGUUGGUGUGUGAAUUCCGAGGGGUACAAGUAUCCGGGUAAAGAAAGAUAUGGGAAAAGGUUAAUCAGUGGAAUGGUGGUUACAGUUCACCUUGAUAUGAAUAAACGUACUGUGGGAUUUUCUUAUGAUGAAUCAAUAGAAGGUAUAAAAAAUGGUGAAACGGGAGAGAAUGUGGAAAUAGAAGAUAAUUCUGGUGACGAAGCAAAGAGAUCUUUGAUUAAUGAUGAAAAACAUGAAAUUAAUGGCGGGAAAAAAAAAGUUUUGGUUUCGACAGAAAACGAUAUAAGUACAAAUGCAGAAAAUGACAAAAACAUCAACAACACAGCUGAUCCAACAUCAACAAAUUCUUCUCAAAUCACAACAACAUUCCGUGAAAAUUCUCAAACAUCGACACCUAUUGAACUUCCUCAAACACCUGCAUCUCCUGCUUUUACAUCAACAUCCUCCUUCUCGGAGCAGGAACUUCAAAUCGCAUUAAUUGACGAUAGCUAUCGUCAAAAGCGUCUUCAAAUAAUCGCAUGGGUUCGAUUACUUUGGCCAGUUCCUUAUUUCCCGUCAAAUUCUGAGAUUGCCGCAAAACUUACCCUCGAGUCAUUUACAAAGAAACCCGACACCAAACCAUUUAUGGUUGCAGUACUAGAGCAGAAUUGUCCAUCGUUGAUUCAAACAAUAACAACAACAGAUAUCUCACGAGACUCUGUAACAGGUCAUUUAAUUCCGAAAUUUUCUUCAUUUUUCUAUGAGCCCAGGGAAUUUCUUCUUUCGCAAUGUCCUUCUUUUCGAAAUCUGCCCACAAUAAAUGGUGAUCCUCUAGUGAAAUAUGAUGAGAAAUUCAUUUUCAACAAGUUAUUACCUCGAUUGACUCGUGAAGCGAUUAUAGUUCAAGAGGAACCUGCGCUAUUUCUGACUGUUAAAGAAGCUGUGUUGCUUUUGAUGACCGAUUUUGAAAUAUUCCAGUGUCGCUUGUGUUAUAGAAAUAGAAAGAUGGUGGACCCGGAAGAGAAAGAGGACCAAAGAAAGUUGGACGUCAAAGAAGAAGAGAAAGUAGAAAAUUCGAACGAAAAGGAAAAAAAUGUUGGGAAAGUAAAGGAAAAUGAAGUUAAAUUACGGAAUUAUGAGGAGGUGAAGAGCCAUUUGAUGGGUGAAAUGCAUAAAUUACAAGUUUUGGAUGAUGAGGAAGUGGUUAUUAGAGUUGAUCCUGAAACUUUUGUUAGAAGUUUCUUUGCGAAAAUUAAUGAAAAGGCUGAAUUGGAAACAGCAAAUGUUAGCGACGACGAUGAUGAAACAGAUUUUGAUGACUAUUUUGCAUGA